AUGGUGGAUUUGGGUCUAAGCUUGCCCAAAAUGAGUAAACCAAAAUUAAAUAUAUGGAAUGUUAAGAAAGCAGAUUGGGUCAAAUAUACAACCUCCAUGGAAGAAAAUAAAAAUCAUAUGAGCCGAUACCUGGUAACUACGAGAGGAUCAUAAAGCUAAUUAAAACGGCAGCUGGUAAAGCUAUGCCCAGGGGUCACAGACAAGAUUCCAUACUUUGUUGAUCAAAGGAAUGCAACAAUCUGUUGUCUGAAUAUGAACAAAUGAAAUCUGAAGUAACAGCAAACCGGUUAACAAAACUACUUGAUGAGGAACGAAGAUAG